CAAGCGGAAGGACACGCUGGCUCUUAAUGUGGGUGGCCCGCCCUGGGUGACUGUGCAGACAACAGUCCUGUUUUGCAAAUGGCCUGGGGCUUUUGACGUGCCAUGAUCGCGGCUUGGUAUGGGUCGCUGUCCAUUUGGCUUUUUGCCACCCUGGUUAAGUCUGAGAAGGACCUGUUUAUCCGAAGAGGGGGUGGCUCUCCGCGCGAGCGGGUCUUGAUGGAGGAGCUCCGGCGAAGCAGCUGGGAGGUGACGGACCGCAUCGUGGCCGCGAUGACCACCACGCCAUUUCGCAUCCAGUCCAUUGAGCGGGCGCUGGACAGCGUGCUGAACCAAAGCAGGCGGCUGGAUGCAGUGUAUCUCGUCGUGCCCUACAUCUUCCAGAGAGAUGGCACAAGGUACGUGAUCCCCGAGUGGUUGGCGAACAAGAGGUCUGGGAACUUCUUCCUCGUGCGGUGUGAGGAUUGGGGACCCGCCACGCACAUGCACGAGGUCCUGAAGCUGGAGCGACACCCCAACACCUUCAUCCUGCAGGUGGACGAUGACCAGGUCUACGGCCGCCUGCUGCUGGAGAAGCUGCUGCGCGCGCAGGGCCCGGUGCCGGGCCGAGCCGUGGGGGCGGCAACGCAGCACGCCUACAGCUACCUACAAGGUGCAGUUUUGGAGGGUGUCCACGGGGUACUGUGGCGCAGGAAGUUCUUCGAUGCGCGGGUUUCAGACUACCAGGGAUUCCCGCUCAGCUGCCGGCUUCAUGAUGAUCUCUGGCUUUCGGCACAUGUGGCACGGAAAGCUUUGCGCCGGGAGUCCCUCUUCACUCGGUUUGGCACCCAGGCGUUGGACUUGGGCUUCGGUGCUGACGCGCUCUUCAAAGGCGGGGCGGGGACGGACAACCGCUGGAACUUCCUGGACUGCUUUGCGGCGCUGCUGGCGCAGAUGCCUCGCCUCUGGCAGCCGCAGGACCGAGUCGUGGUUGCAGCGCCCUUGGUGCCUGGCGAUGCCAGUGCGGACGCUUCUGCGGCACUGCGCCGUUUGCGAGGUGUGCUGCGCGGUGGUUCGCGCCAGCUACAUGCCCUCUACCUGUUUGGCGCUAUACCCAUGGAUCGCUUGAAGCCUUGGGGCUUUAUGGAAAUCCCGGAGGGCAUCGUGACGGCUGCCGGGCCCUGGGACCGCACUGUGGACCUGAUCAUCCGCAACUGCUCCAGCCGGAUGCCCUGCUCUGCUGCGGACACUCUGCAGACGGUGCUGUCUCUUGAGGAGGAUCCCGCCACGGUCGUGGUAGUCAUGUCAACACCCUUUGACAGCCUCAGCAGUUUGGCGGCGACCGUGCAUAGCCACAAGCGCUGCUUGGGUGCAGACGCGGCGAGCCACAAGAUAUGCCGCGGCGACAGCAGCAUCUCUUUCCGGAGGCACGCGGCUUAUGAUGCGGGCCGCAUUGGCGGCGCAGCCUUCAUGCAGCACUUCAGCGCACACUUUGAGACCCGCGAAACCUGCGAAGCCAGCGGCAGCUGCCCGAUGGUCAGCGCAGUGGCUACUGCCGGCUUUCGGAACUUCAAGGCCUUGUUGACCAGAGACCCGCAGGCGGCCGAGGUGGUGCGCCAGUGGCUCGCGGAGCGCCGGCGCCUGGUGGCCUGCGUCGUGCUCGGCGGAGCCGACGCGCAGCAGAAGAGCGCACUGCGAAGCCUUUUGCAGCAGCGACCGAUGUUGAGCAGGCUGUACCUUUUCGUGAAGUCCAGAGGCACUCGCUGUGCGGCCAGGCGCUUCGCACAUUGGUUUCGCCUUCGUGUGAUUUGCGGCCAGGAGCAUCCCCUCACAGCGCUGCUGAGUCUUGAGCUGCGCGGGGACACGCUGAUCCUUUUGGGUGGCGCUAGGCGUCACAGGCCACAGAUGCUGUCGGAGCUGCUGCAGGCCUUUCAUUUGUGGCCGGGCCAUGCUGUCGCACGCCUGGGGGACGAGAAUGAGGUGCCGCUCAGCGACGAGGGCAUGCUUUUGCAGCGGAGCUUCUUAGACUCUCGGCUGCUGGAUCACUUGCCAAGCGAAAGGAAGCUGGGUGCGGUGGUCAAGCACCUUCAGUUGAAGGGCAUUGGCUGGAAGCUCCUCAAGGGCAAAGCCGGCUCUCGGAAAGGCCAACAACUGGGCACUCGACGUGUGCUCUUUGUUCUGCUGCCCCGGACGGAGGCCUUGCUGGCGCUGGUGCUGCGCCUCGCGGCGGCGCAGACGCGGCAGCUGCAGGAGCUGGUGCUGGUGUCCCUGGCUUCGAGGACAGUGGUUUCAGUGCCCAAGAUGGGCGCUCUGGAGCUAAACCUGGCAGGCGGCCUGGCGGGCGCCAUCUCCGUGCGCCAUCAGAGCGGCCAGCGCGUGGAGAUGUCGCUGCGGGAGCUGAGCGCCGCCUUGCAGGACAAGGCAGGCUGCGUGCUUCGCCACACCUUCAACUCCCUCAAAACGCGAAGCUUUGUGGUGUCCGUUGCCUCAUGUGGCGGUGCAUCGUGCAGCCCAAGGUCACUACUGUCCGUUGCCUUUGCGCGGGAGCUGGAGCCAGCGACGGUACUCAUGUUCAGCACAGCCGAGCGCUUGGUGAAUGAACGCUUGGUGGAAGAGAAUGAGGAGUGCAUCAUGCCUUGCGGCACCAGCUUUGACCAAGAGAAGUGGUGUGGCUGCGGCCAGCAUCAACCGCAAGAGGAUGGCGCUUUGUACGAUAUGACCAUUCGCCGAGCUUCCGGAUACCUCCUGCACUCCACUUGAUCCAUGCCCAAAGAGCUACCGGAUCCGCACGCCUGAGCUGGAGGUAUCAAGGUGGACCACUUUCAAGACUCCGUUCUGGAAGACAUGAGAUGGCUGCAACAUGAAAUGGGACAGUGCCGCGAUGUGAUGCCUGGCCAUGACCGACCUACGCUUACGUGACCGUGGACCCGACAGCGGCUUCCGGCUCUCGGCUCCCGGCAGGACUUUCAGAGUUGAAGCGCGGAGAAUGCGCGGUGCGAAGUGGACGACGACAACGCGGGUGAAGAGCCGGGAAACGAGUCGGGA